ACUAAGCGAAAUACAACCACAACGUUGCUGAGAUAUUUGCAAAACUCUGGACCGCAGGUGUCUAUGGUAGGGAACGAACGCGCUGUUGUCCUUUCCGUGAGUAACGCGUUCACCACCACACCAUACAUAGCGCAAAUCCCGAUAGCUUUCUCGUUAAUACUACGUGUAAACGUGCUGUCUGAUAUCAUGAAGCUCAGUUAUUAUCAGUUUAAGGUUUUGGAGCGGAAUGAAUGGAAGCCUUACAAAAACGCAAUCAUUCAGUGGAAAAAGGUGAAGCACUGUUCGAGGAAUUUAUUCAAGACUUGCGACACUGACUCGAAUAGUCGAUUAACUACAGAUGAAUGGAAGAAUUGCCUCAUUCCGGUUGAUUCCAAGACGUCGGCUGUUCGCCCAGAGCAAUUGAAUCCUUUCUUAUACAUUUUAAAGGCAGAUUGA